CAUCAUCAUCAUCAUUCCAAUUCGGAAACAAUCUCAAGAUCAAAUUCAUUGUCUCGAAUGACCAAUUUAAAUUUGACCGGAAAUGGAACGAAAUUUGAUACUACUGUUAUCAAUGGUGGUGAUUGUACUAUACAACAAAAACCACCACCACCACCACAACUAUCACCAUCACAUGCUGGAUCAUCAUCAAUCGAAAUGGUCACAUUUAUGGUCAAAGAUCAACAACAACAACAACAGCAACAACAUCUACAUCCAAAACAUUGUCAAAUGAUACAAUUAACCAGUACAAAUUUUAAUGAUCAACAUUCCAAAAAUCAUGAAAAUAUCUCCACCUCUUUAUAUCAUCAUAAUCAUAAUCAUAAUCAUCAGACAAAUUGUUCUACGGCCAACCAUAAUAUUGUUGAAAUGAUCGAUCCAAUUGGAUACAAAAUCGAUGGUUGUGGUGAAUCGAAAAUAAUACAACAUUAUCAUCAUAAUCACAAUCAUCCACAGCAAUUGUUAUCGGGCAAUGAAAAUAUUCUAAAGAGCAUAGCCACCUUACCAAGACGUUCAUCAACAAUGUUGAAUCGAUCACAAACACCUACAACAACAACAACAACAGCAACAACAUCAAUGAUGAAUUGUUGUCAAUAUCAAAAUGAUCGCUAUCAAUCACAUCAUAAUCAUCAUUAUUAUCAUCAUGGAUCAUAUCUGGAGUUAACUACUACCGCUAAUGAAACCAACAACAACUAUACUACAACAGCUAAACCUUUGGCCAUUAUGAAUGCUGAUCAUCAGCAUAAUCAUCCAAUCGAAUGUCUAUUAUAUCAUCCACAGCAGCAAUAUAAUCAGAUUUGUUCCAUACAAGAUGAUGAUGAUGAUAAUGUAACAAUGAUAAAUUCCUGUCAUAAUCAUCAUCAUCAUCAUCAUCAUUCACAUGUAAAAAUCUGUCCAACAACAUUAUCAUCAUCAUCAUCAUUAUUAUCAACACAGAUAGAUCAUCAUUAUAAUAAUCAUAAAAAUCAUAUUGUCCCUGAUGAGCUUACCACAGUUUACGAAACAAACAACGAAAACAGUACAAUAUCGAUAAGUAAUGGAACAAAUCCAACAACAAUUAGAGAUUAUCAUAGGAGACGAUCAACACCACUUCAUCAAGAGGAACAGAAUUUUCUUGCUAUAAAUAAUUUAUCUGAACAACAAUCUAAUAAUAAUAAUCAUAAUUCAUUUGUCUUAACAUCUUCACCAACAACAACGACAAUGCCAUCAUCUAAUGAUGCGACAAUGGUAAUGACGACGACGACGACGACGAAAACAGCGACACCUGUAGUAAUGAAUAUCGAUUCACCAAAAAAUUCUUUUCCACAUAUCAUUAUGACAACACAAACGGCAAAUAUGGAUACAUUUCUAACGGCAUCGAAUGCUGCUGAUUCACAUCAUCAACAUCAUCAUCAACCAACAAAUGGAUCGAUAAUCAUAGAUCAGCAGCAGCAGCAGCAGCAACAACAAUCAUCAUCAUCAACAAUGAUGAUCAACACUAACAAUUUAUCACCAUCAACAUCAACAUCAUCAUCAUUAUUAUCACCACAAUUACCACCAAAAUCGGCCAUUAAAGUACGAUUUGUCGAAUAACAAAUGGAAUAAAAUGGCCAAGCGCAUCAUUAAAGAAGAUAUUUGUCCCGGAAACCGGAAAAGUGCGAUUUAUGUUUAAUAAUAAUAAUAAAUUCAACAUCGUCAUCAUCAU